GGUGGGCGUGGCCGGCUCUGCGCUUGUGCUCUGUGAGGCGAGGCAAGAUGGCGGAGGAGGAGAAGCUCCCCGCGGGCUGGGAGAAGCGCAUGAGCCGCAGCUCCGGUACCGCCGCGGAAGAGGGAAAGGGGCGGCGGGCGGGCGGAGGGCGAGGGCCCGGCAGGAGGGUGGAUGGGCCUCGGGGGAGAAGGAGGGCGGAGAGGCGCCCUUCGCGGUCGGGGCCGGUCGCCUCGGAGGCCCUUUCGCGCCCCGGAGGGGAGGCGGGAGAGGGGCUGCGGGGAGGGGGCGCGGGCGGGGAUAACGGGGCCGCUGGGGAUUGCGGGGGGGGGAGGAGCUUGUGGGACACAAGAAUAAGAAUAGCAACAGCGACGCAGUCGUAGAACCAUAGAAGUAUAGCGGUGGAAGUGACCCCCAGGGUCAUCUAGUCCAGCCCCCUGCAAUGCAAGAAUCUUCCCCAACGUGGGGCUUGAACCCAUGACCCCGGCAUUAAAGGUCUCGUGCUCUGCUGACUGAGCUGGCUCAUAGAGAACAAUCGUGGUUUCUCAUUGCUUUUCAUAGAAUCGUAGAGUUGGAAGGGAUCUCAGGAUCAUCUAGCCCCCCCCCCCCGCAAUGCAGGAAUCUCAUCCGAAGCAUCCAUGACAGAUGGCCAGCCAACCUCUGAUUAAAAACCUCCAAGGAAGGAGAGUCCACCACCCUCCAUCCUGAAGUAAAACAGCUCUUGUCGUCAGAAACUUUUUUCUGAUGUUUUGUUGGAAUCUCCUUUCUUAUAACUUGAAGCCAUGGGUUCAAGUCUUGCCCUCCAGAGCCGGAGAAAACAAGCUUGCUCCAUGUUCCACAUGGCAGCCCUUCAGAUAUUGGAACAUGGCUUCUUCCUUCCUACUCCUAUUCCCUCCCCCCAUUUAUUUCUCCACCAAUUUAUUUCUCCACCCAUUUCCAUCCACUAAAAAAAUAUCCUGAGGACCACUUACACUGUUCUGAUAAUAAUAAUAAUAAAUAACACAGCCCCAUGGAAAAGUAUGGUGGUUUCUUCCUUCCUACUCCCACAUCCCUGCCCCCCAAUUAUUUUUCUUCUCUUUCCCCACCUCACAAAAAAACCAUACCCUGAAGGCCAAGGACUGUAAUACAGUGCCCCCAGUUCCUGUUCCCUGGAGCCAGUCCAGGAGAGUACCAUGGUCAAUGGUAUUAAAUGCCAGUGAGAGAUCAAGAAUCAGGAGCAAGAUCACACUCCCCCUGUACCGCUCUCUGCAAAGGUGACCAUCAGGGGGACCAAGGCUGACUCAGUUCUAUAGCCAGGCCUGAACCCAGAUUGGAAUGGAUCUGAAGAAUUAUGUCAUCCAAGAAUGCUGCCUAACCACCACCUCUCUCUCCCCCCCGCCCCCGUGGGUAUGGGCAUCUGGGUUGUAUUUAAGCAUUGGUUUUAUCAGCAGCUGUCUUUCAUGAGUUUAUCCAAUGCCUUUGGAAAGCCAUUCUGAGUCAGUGACCAUUAACAUCCCAUAAGUGAAGCAUUGUGCAAAAUACUUCCUUUUGUUGUCCUGAAUUUCCAGCUAGUCAGUAUAACUGGGUCACUGUACAUUCUAUUCUUAUGAGAAACACAAUAUCUUUUUAAGUUCUCUUAAUAUUAGCCCUGUUAUCACUCCAGUAAUUUGUUUUUAAAAGUAAAAUAAUAAUAAUACUGUAAUAAUAAUUUUUAUUUAUACCCCACCCUCUCCAACCGAGACCGGGCUCAGGGUGGCUAACACCAAAUAAAUAAAGUACAUUAAAAACAAAAUUAAACACUCAGGUGUAGCCUUUACAUAUAGAGAAAGUAGUCCAAUCACUUCAAUGUCUUUCCUACACCUUUUCCAACUCUACAAUAUAUUUUUUGAGAUGUGGGGGAUUAGAACUUCAUUAGGUGAAUAUAUAGCAGCAUUCUCCCAAUCUGAUGUGCUGAGCGACGAAUUUUAUAAGCUCCAGCCAAUAGUGAAGACAUGUGCUGGCUGGGGCUGAUUUGAGUUGAAUUCCAAAGUAUUUGGAGGGCACCAGGUUUGUGGAAAUGUGGUAUACCAAAUUGCACAUGUCCUCAGUAUUGGGGUAUAUGAAGGGACAUAAGAAGAGCCCCCGUUAGACAAGUCCAAAGGCCCACCUAGUCCAACAUCUUACUUGUUCAGUGGCCAACUAGAUGCAUAUGAGAAGCCUACAAGUAGAGCCUGAAGGCAGUGGCCCCUCUCCUCACUUGUGAUUUCCCACAACUGGUAUUCUGAGGUACACUGCCUCUGAAAAUGGAGGUAAAACAUAGCUAUCAUGGAUAGUAGCCACUGAUAGUAUUCCUUCUAUGAAUUCUAAGGGUUUGAUGCCAGCUUUCUAUGUCCACUUCCUUUCCUAAUCCCAACAUGGAAGCCACCCUUUUCCCACUGCUGCUGCACAUAGAGUUCAUUAUUUUUUAACCAUGUACCAUGAUGCAACAACAUCUUUCCUGGAUAGUCACAUUGCUGUAUGCAUGAAAAUGGCUUUGUUGUUACUAUUGCUCCAGUUUGUUUCAUUUUAAAACGACAUUAAACCUCAUUUGCCGUUUUCUUGCCAUUCACCCAUUUGUAAAGACUUCCAAAAGGAUCGCUCCAUUUCGCUCAAGCCUUUGCCAUCCUAAAUAGUCUGUCUGCAAACUUGGCAAAGUUUGCUCACCUCUGUUUCUGUGUCAUGCAGAUCCUCCAAGAAGCAUCUGUUCCAAUACAGAUCCUCACUGCUUAUUUCCUUCGAUUAUGAAUAUUGGCGUGUUCCUGUCCUCUGUUUCCCAUUGUUUUACCAGUUUUUGUUCUGUAAGGGCACUUGCCCUUUUACUCAGUGACUACCAAGGGUUUCUUCACUGGUGUUUUUGUUAAGAGACUUUUUGAAAAGCAUUUUGGAACUCUAGGUAUGAUUAUCCCUGGCUGCACAUGAUUACCAACACUCAGAGAAUUCUAAAAGGUUGUUGGGGCAGGACUGCACUGCAGAAGCCAUGCUGAUUCCUCUUAGUGAUGCUUGUUCUAUGUUAAAUUGUACUUUGAAUUGUGUUUUCUACCAGUUUAUAUAGGACAGAAGCUAGGCCAAUAGGGUUGUUAGUUAUGGACUCCCCUCUGCUUCUCCUUUCUCCCUUUAUUUAUUUAUUUUCUUACAUGACCUUCACCAUAAGGUCUCAGGCAGUUUAGAAUAUAAUAAAACAGUAUUAAAAUCAAUUAAGCAAUUUGCACCAGAAGAAUAGGGUGGAUCCUAAAAAUGGAUGUUGUAUUGGCUACCUCAGAAAGGUGUGCUGAUGGUUGUGACAAGUUUCCUAUUAGUGAGUGUGUGUUAACUGACCAGGUAACAUCUUAAUUUGUCAGAUCUAGAACAUCAUCUCCUGCCACUUCUAUUUGACUUAGUUCUUCAGGUGUCUACUCAGGGGAAAAGUGGUGAAGGCAGUUAUCUGCAGCAGGGUCCACAGUGAGAACGAAUACAAAUAAUACAUUCAGCUUCUCUCCUCCUCCUUUAGGAAUCCUUUUACUCUUCUGUUGUUUAGCUGUUCAGCCAUCUCCCUGCUUGUCUUUUCUGCUUCUGAUAAAUGAUAUUGGAUUGUUAUAGGUCAUAGAAUAAUAGAAUUGUAGAGUUGGAAGGGCCCCUAAACAUAAUCUAAUCCAACCCCCUGCAAUGCAGGAAUAUGCAGCUGUUCCAUAUGGGGAUUUAACCUGCAACCUUGGCAUCAUCAGUACUAUAUUUACAGGACCUUUUUACAGUAGGUCCAUUGAAAUUAAUAUGCCUAAGUUAGUCAUGUUUGCUAAUUUCAAUGGAUGGUAUUAUUGUGGAAGUGGAAUAUUUUCUGCUUGUGCAACGGGACUUCUCCCUUCUGGCCCUAUGCAUGCCUUGAGACCCCCAGAGCAGAUUUAGGGGCAUGCAAGGGAAGAAUGUUUCAUUGUGCAAGGGUAAAUUCCACCCAGUGGGUCUGCGCUGAGUAUUACUAACAUUGUUGACUAUAUUUUUACCAAUUUGAUUCCAUAGUUGAGGGUGCAUGCCAUGGAUUUUUUAGUCAAAGUGAACCAGCCAAGAAGAAGAGGGAAGUAUUAGUAUGUUUGAGAGAUCCCCAAGGUUUGCAGAAAUAGAAGAAAAAAAACCUCCAGGAAAUGAUACAAAAGAAAACCUGAAGCAAAAAAAAUAUAUGACAAGACUGCGCAUGCAUGUAGUUACAUUGAGGAAAGGGGAGGGAAGAAAAAGCAGAGCUUGGAUCCAGAAGUGUGACACUACUAAGCCACACUUACGAGCCGGAUUCAAACUGUACAGGGACGUUGAUUGUGUUGGCUGAUGGCAGAGGAGGAAGGAAAAGGUAGGAGAUGGAAGAUGGAGGGAGAAAGCUACCCCCCUUCCCCCCAAAAAAACCCCACCACCCAGAUGGUGGAGAGGGAAUGAUGAAUGGAAACCAUGGAUGAAGUGAGGGGGUUGUAGGCUGCACAAUAUCUUAAGAGAGAAAUUUAAAAGGUGGCACCCCAGAGAAAAAGCCACGUGAAGACUUGGCAUGCUCAAAAUGUCAGUUGGAAAAGAUAAACAGAAAACUUUGGGGUGAGUUGGGAAAGUAGUGUCCUGAGGAGCACUGGGUGAGUUUGCAAGGAGCUGGCUAGAACCCUGAGCCAGGGAUUUUUACAGAUAAACAUUUUGUUUCAGGUCUGACUUGUGCUCUAAAUUCUUCAUCAUUUUUCUUAUUGUCGGUUCAUACUUAUUUUGUUAGGGUUUAUGCUUCUUUUUUUUCUCCUAAUUCGGGUUAGACUUCCACUUUUUAAAGGAAACCUUGCAUUUGCUUCUGCGACUGCUUGUCAACCGCAGACAUCCGCUUGAACUUGUUUGUCCCUUUCGUAAUCUGAGUAUAUUUUAUCUGAUACUGUAUUUAGUAAGUGGCCAUGUUGCACUUUCAGAGCAACUUAUAUCUAUCUAUCUAUCUAUCUAUCUAUCUAUCUAUCCUGCCAUCACAUGAGAGCCCAGGACAGCUAACAAAUACAGUGGUACCUCUGUUUUCUAGCGUCUUGGAAGCUGAAUGUUUCAGAACCUGAACGCCAAAAACCCGGAAGUAAUUGCUUCUGUUUUCAAACACGUCUUUGAAGUGGCACAGCUUCUGCUGCAUUUUUUUCUUUUUUCUCCAUUGACUUUGCCAUCUACCCUUUGUUUUUUUUUUUAAAUAAUAUUUAUUACUUUUAUAUAUUACAAAAAAAGAGAAAAAAGAAAAAAAGAAAAAAAAACAGAAGAAAAAACAAAGGAGAAAAACAAAAAGGAAAAACAAUACAAUAUAUAAACAAUACAAAACACAACCUAAACUCAAAACUAAACACAUUAAACUAAGCUAAACAAACCCCACUCCCUAACCUUAACCCUGAAUAGAACAAAACAAAAACAAUUUAAAAACAUACAUCGUCUCUUUUCCAUACUCUAUUUUUCAUUCCCUUGUUUCCUCGACCUCCUCACACCUCCCUUUUUGUGUUCCACUUCUAUAAAUUGUUUCAGCAAAUCCUUUCCAUCUUUCUCCAUUUUCUGUGAUAUUGUAAAUAACAUAUUUUUUAACCUUAUUUUCCAUUAAAACUAAAAUACUUAUAUGUGCAUAACAUUCUGUUAAGCCCAUAAAAAAUAAAAAUAAAAAUCAUUCCACCAUUUUUCUAUCACUCAUUAGUUUUACCAUAAGUCUAUAUAUAAACUUUAAAUUUUCCAGUCUUCUUCCACCAUCUCCUCUCCCAGGUUUCGGGUUCUGCCAGUCCUUUCCGUCAAUUCCAUAAAGUCCAUCAACCUGGUGAUCUUAUGUCCGAGCUCUUAACUCUUUUCCAAGUCCCUUCUGCAGGUCUUCUUCAUUUUCUUUAAUGCUAAAGAGCAAAUCUCGGGGAAACUCCAGCCUGUCAAUCCUUUUCUUCCUUCUGAACAGAUCAACUAAAUUUCCAUAGUUAAGGCUACAGUCCAUAAAGUAUUUCCGGGUAUAUUUCAAAAUUCUUCCAAUUCCAAAGGCCCCCAAAACUUCAAUCUCCUCCAGGCCCAAGUCCAUGUCCCAAAAGUCAGUUAAUCCCUGCAUAAAGGGCUCUUUCCAACUUUCCUUCUUUAAUCCAAGCCGGGAUCCAUUCCUCGGAGUCUGACUUUUCCUAGAUUCAAUCAUAGAAGGCCUCAAUUUAUAAUCCUCAAUUUGCUUCUGUAAAACCACAGAUCUCACUUCUAUUAUUUUAUGUUCAACAACAGCCGCAUUCUCCUUCUCCUCCUUCUCCUCCACCAUUUGUCCUGCCAAAAUGGGUUCCUGUACCAAGUCCUGAAUUAUUUCUGUGUUGGUGUUCGCUUUUUGACUAAAGUUGGUCACUUUCAGUUCCAAAUUAUCAACUUUGAAAGUCAUAUCAUCCAUCUUCUUGUGAAGCUGUCCCAGCGAACAGCUUAUCUUGCAUAAAACAGUCACAAUGGCCUCUCCUGUCAACAUUUUUAAAUAGUCCAAGGUCGCACUCUGGUUCUCAGACUCCUUAUCUACAACUGGAAAUCCCCCAAUUAUACUCCUGUAACAGUUUCAAAAGCUCCCUCUAGAGGGAAACAGUCUCCACUUGUAUCAGUUCUUUCAAGCGCAACUCAAGCAUUAAAGAUAAAUUUUCAGUUACUUUUCCUCUUUUUUAAACGCAGAAAAGGACAAUGGAAACAGUAUCUUACUCUUAUUUAGCUAGCUGUCAAAUCCGUUCUGUCAAAAGCACUCUCUCCAAACGUCAUCUGGCAGCCCGUUCCCAGGUUCAGAGCAGUGGUAAUUUGAUUUUUCACUCUCUCCUGCAGGCUCACUAGAUCCAAAAUUUCCCCCUCUUCUCCUGCUUCCAAGGGGGGUUUUGUAUUUUAAACCGGUGGAAAUUUGAUCCUUUGCCAAAAGCUUUCAAAGGCUUUAACUUGUAACGUCUUUGCUUCAGUCUAUUUACAAGAACGGGAGGCGGACUUCCUGUUUAUAACCUUCCCGUUUCAGUGCCGAAUUAAAGUAUUUAAAAAUCCAAUUUUCCGUUUACUCACGAGUAGUUAUUUAAAGUCCAAUUGUCCACAGGAAAAAGUCAGCGCUCUCCGGCAACAGCAAUGCGGCUUCACUCCGUGAAAGAAGCAGUUGAUUCAAAGCACCGCGUCACUCACCCCACGUCGCUCCAGAUCCCCAAAACAGGGUUUCCCCGCGAGUAGGGGAGGCGCAAAGGUGCCAGCCGAAUCCCACGUCCACAGGCUUCUCCCGCCUGUGGUUUUUAAUGGGUCUCCGCCUCGCUGUGGCGGUUCAGACCCUGUUUUCCACGGAGCGGAUUCCUCCCGAUCGGAGGAAAUCCGCCAUUGCCAGAGGCGCCAACCUGGAAGUCCUGCCAUCUACCCUUUGUGCCUUGGUUGUCCAACAUUGAGGAAGUCUAACGUUCUUCCAGAACAGAUCACAUUCGACAACCGAGUUACAUACAUAUAAUUAAAAUGAGAGAGACAGAGUUUUCAGCAGGAAAACUCACUAAAUACAAAGCUCACAGUUAAAAUUAUUAACCCCACAUUGAUAAAUGCAACAACACAAGUGACAACAGUUGAGAACAUAAUUAUGUUAAAACAGAAACAGUUUGUUUAAUCCAAAGGUCCUGAUUAAAACAGGUGUUUCUUCAAACCUUGCCUUUAAAACUCAGUAGAUGGGGUGGAACAACUGCGUUUCUGGGGAGAAGGAAUUCCACAAACAACCUGCCAUGAUCAGGAAGGCCCUUCCCCGCAUCACUCCCCAAUGAGUAAUGCUUGUGGGGAUCCCAAGAAGGGGAUUCCAGCAGAUCAGAAAACACCAACAUGGAGCAUUUUAUAGUGGCAACCUUUGUAUUCUGCAACCGCGAUCUAGGAGUGCAGCUAAUAACUGAGUUAAACGUCAGCAGCUUCCAUUGUGUCCUUUACUGGUCUAAGGCACAGUUCCCCUAACAUAGCUAGAAAUAUCAUCUCUUUGCUGUAAUCUGAAUGUAUAUGUGCCCAGAUAAUGGGAGGUUAAUUGAAGCCACCCAGCACUUUCUCAUUUGGGCUGCCUUCCUGAGUUUUUGCCAGCUUUGAGUUUCAUCCCAACCUUCAGUUUGGGUUGGGGACAGUUACAGUACAGGGAACAUGAACCUGAUAUUUCCGCACUCUGUGAUUCUGGGGACCUCAUCCACACAUUGAGACCCUGCAAUCCUUCCUGCCUAGCUAGUUCUAUGUGAAACAAUAUCAUUUUUGAAAUUGCCCCCUCAGAGUGCUUGACUUAAGCUUCCUACACAACAACCUACCUCAUAACUAUUUUUUAAUGUUGGUGCUGUUGCCUGUGUGCCUAACAACUUCUCCAGAUCUUUCACUUUUACCUCAAGGGAAUAGAUUUACAAAGAGCCCCAAACUUGCUGCAUGGAGCAUGCACUCAUAGCUUCUGUGAGCAGGCGGAUAAGCAAAGUAUUGUGUUAUGAGGUUUGUGGGUCAGGUGUGAGGCCUUUUCUUGGCCUUUAUUUCAUUGUUCACUCUCACCUUAUUCUUGAUAGCUUUUUUUGCACUUGCAGAGCUGGGUGUCCUCAGACUUCCCUAAAUAAAUAAACUGUUCCUGUUUGCUUGUUUGUUUGUUUGGUUUUUUUUUUGGGUGGUGGUUAUCUUAAAUACGUUGGUGUAGGAAUGGGUGAGGUAGCAUGGAUCUGUUGUCUAUACACUCCGUAUAGCAAGUGUUUUAGUUUGAGCACCACUUUUCCUAUCCCCUUAUCUUCUCUUUUACAUUUGUGGAGGGACUUUGUGGAAAGUAACCUAAUGACCCAGUGAACACAAGGAACCCUGUACUCAAAAUUUUAAAAUAGAAUUAACUGCCUUCAACAUUUGGAUUCAUUUUUCCAGUUGCUGCAGGUGGCAGCUAGAGUAGUAUGCUUUGUCUGCAGUUCUCAAGUGACUUCCUAUGAAGUUGUUGCAUGUGUGUAGGUUAUUUGAGGACUGCAUACAUUCAGGGUGGUCUUUUGCUUCUUGUUUAUUUGCUUCUUGGUAUGAAUGGAGCAUGCAAUUAAAUGUUAGUGGUUGGUAUUGCAGGACUCAAACACAGGAAAACGAAGGCUAUGUCUCCAUUUCCUAGCAAGUGGAAUAAGACAGUGGCUGAUAAUAAAAGUCAUUAUAAUACCAUCAUUAAAUCAUGCAAAGAGUACAUGGUUUUCUGCCUUACGUUAGUGGGCUGUGUCACAGUAUGACUGACUGGCUUUUGAUUUCAUCCCAACAUUACAGGAUGCAAUUGUCACAGCGUGGUUCUCAUGGUUUAUAAGCUUUCCCCAGCCUAAUGUACUCCAGAUGUUGUUGGGCUAAAGCUCCCAUCAGCCCCCACCAGCUUGGCCAAAGGUCACGGGGUGGUGGCAGUUAUGGGCAAAACAUCUGGAGGGCACCAUGUUAGAGAAGGCAGGAAUUGGGUGGCCUUCGCUAUAAUUCUCCCCUAUUCUUGCCAUGCUCAAAUUUUACUUUCUGCAAAAGGAGGUGUCUGUCUGGUUGAUGAGAAAUGUGAAGCCAUCAAGAGAGGUCACUGGGAAGAUCUGUGGGUCUUGCAUGUUAUUGUUAACAGUGGAUACCUGGUUGUGACACUUCCACUCUACUUAGCAAUCAAACCUAGUUCAGAUACUCCAGGCUUCUGGCACCUUUUCUCCUUCAGGUGGCUCAUGGCCAAUGCAUCACUAAAAAGGUUGAAAGGCUCGAGCUGGGGAAGACUUGGUCAGGUCACGGUCUUGAGCAGUGUUAGAAACUCAGAUAUAUAAGCUAAUUGCCAAAUAGCAUCUUAAACCUAGGUUAUAGUCGCCACAGUGAAAUGGCUAGGUGCCAUUUCCCCCCAAAUGUGCUUUAUUGUUUUUUUCAUUUCAUUUCUAUAGCACUUUAUAUUUUAAAGAAAAAAUCUCAAAUUGGUUUACAACCAUCAAAUAAAUUCAAGCUUCAAGAAAAACAUUUGGCUUUCCCCAUUUCCCCCCUACUUAAUUUAUAGAGCUGCCCCAUAACAGAAGUGCUCUAGGAAGCCAGGAUGGUGUAGUGGUGACAUUAUUGGACUAGGACCUGGGAGAUCAGGGUUCAAAUCCCCACUCCGCCAUGAAGCUCACAGGGUGACCUUGGGCCAGCCACAGGCUCUUCAACUACCUCACAGGGUCAUUGUGGGGAUUAACUGAGGGGAGGGAGGUGAACAAUGUACUCCUUAGAGAAAAAGAUGGGAGAUAAAGGCAAUAAGUAAGCUCUUCUGCUGACCUACUUAAGAAAGCUGGAGAGACCACCCAGAUGGAGAUGUCCGUCACCAACCUGGUGCCCAGAGAUUUCCACAGCGUCGCAACUGGAUCUGCGCCAGUCACAAAAUGCUCUGGCACAGGUCCAAUUAAAGUGGUAUUGAAAUGAAAUGAAAUGAAUAAUAAUAACAAAUUCCAUUGCAAAAACAGGAAAAAAAUGGCUCCUAGACAUUCUGUUGUGGCAACUGCAACCUAGGUUUAAGGUGCCAUUUGGUGACUAGUUUAUGUAUCUGGGCUCCAAACGCUGGUGACUAUCCCUAAAUGAGAGGAGAGAAAGUGUGUCAGGUUGCCAUUCUGUAGCUGGUCUUCUCUCCAGUUGUCAGUUGCAGGUUACAUGACUACCCUACCAGAGGAAGUAGCUUUGCAUUUAAGAGGAAACUAGUAUUUUGAGAUCUUCUGAUUUGGUUGAAACUUAUUUUUCCCCAACAAAAGCCCUAUGAAUUUCACAAAAGUUACUCGCUCACAAAUUAUUAAUAGCCGUCUGCCCCCAAACAGUCAUUUAUUGUACAGUGGUACCUCGGGUUACAUACGCUUCAGGUUACAGACUUUGCUAACCCAGAAAUAGUACCUCGGGUUAAUAACUUUGCCUCAGGAUGAGAACAGAAAUCGGGCUCCGGCGGCGCGGCAGCAUCAGGAGGCCCCAUUAGCUAAAGUGGUGCUUCAGGUUAUGAACAGUUUCAGGUUAAGAAUGGACCUCUGGAACGAAUUAAGUACUUAACCCGAGGCACCACUGUACACUGACAUCCCAUUAAGGAAAUGAACGAGCAACCACUACAGACUCCUUUUUACAAAUCCUUCCUUGCCUGAGGACAAUUUCUACGGGUCACAAGCAGCCAGGCAAGUUACUGUUUUACAAGCCCAGUUUAAUAUCUGUCCGGCUUAGACUAAGCAGGUGUGUGGGGUUCUUGCACUUGAGGCUGCAAAGUGUUCAAAACAGCAUUUUUCUCCUGCUUCAGGAACAGGAAGUGCUGUAGGAAAGAGAUACUAUAGGAUGGCUGCUACAGACUUGGCAAACAAUUGCAAGUACAGAACAAGCAAGUUGUUCUGUGGGUUCUGGACUAGGAAUGAAGUAUAAGUGACUAAGCAGCCUUUUCACUGGGGGUGUUGACAGGGGGCAGCUGUAAAUAUAAGGGGAAGGAACCCAUCUUGGACCUUUACAAGUUUAGACGGAAGAGAGUGCAAGUGGGGGACUGCACUGUGAGUCUCUGUGAUUUUAAUAAUACACUUAAAUCAGAUUUCAGCAGGAAAUCUUCUGCUAGUAGUGGAAAAUUACUUCAAAUUCCUCACGAAUGGGCUUUAAAGGCUAUGGGGCCAGAUACUUAGGACUUCCCUAGCUUCUAUCAGGCAACCCAGUCUAUUUCUUUUAAGAUCUGCAGAUGACUGCAAUGCGUUUAAAACAGCAGCACCAGACCCUGCAAUAUCCAGGCUUUCCAUCCUCCCUUCAUACGGAUUUCUUUGUGACUGAUUUCUUUGGGCACAGGGAAAUGUAAUCUCCCACAGCUCUGUGCCAAGAAGACCCAGCAUCAUUUUCAGUAUAGGCCUAAAACAGUCUUUUCUGAAAAAAUGCACACACUCUUGUUUUUUCUCGCUGGUCGAGUAGGGACAGGGCUGUUGAAUUCAGAAGCUAAAGUGGAGCUAAAGGCCGCUUUUUCCAGCCAUCUCUUCUAAUAAUUCAUUAGGACCUUCAAGUACAGCAUACCUGCUACAGGACAACUUUAUGGUUUCUUCUAACAACCAGGUUUGAGUAGCUCAUGCUUUGCAUGAAGCUGAUAUAUGUGUGUUAAUUUUGUAGCAGCUGACCAGCAGUUGGUACUUUGGGCUAAAUUAGUGGAUUUUAGGCUUUGUUUUGGAGCAAGAAGUAGUUGUGCCCGGACAGAGGGGUGAAGUAUCCUGAGUGCACACAUCUGUGUAUUUUCUUGUACAGUGAGGGAAAAAUUAUUUGAUCCCCUGCUAAAUUUGCCCGUUUGCCCUCUGACAAAGAAAUGACCAGUCCAUAAUUUUAAUGGUAGUUUUAUUGUAGCUGUGAGAGACAGAAUAACAACAGGAAAAUCCCCAGAAACCCAGAAGACAAAAGUCAGAGAUUGAUGUGCAUUAUAAUGAGUGAAAUAAGUAUUUGAUCCCCUAUCAAUCAGCCAGAUGUCAGGCUACCUGGUAUCUUCACUGUGUGUGACGAGCUGAGAUUAGAAGCACCUGCUGUAAGAGAGAGGUCUUGCCUGUAAUCCCAGCUCGUUACAGUACCUGUACAAAAGACACUGUCGACAGAAGCAAUCAAUCCAGCAGAUUCCAAAGUAGCCACCAUGACCAAGACCAAAGAGCUGUCCAAGGAUGUCAGGGACAAGAUUGUAGACCUGCACGAGGCUGGAUUGGGCUACAAGACUAUUGCCAAGCAGCUUGGUGAGAAGGUGACAACAGUUGGUGCAGUAAUUUGCAAAUGGAAGAAACACAGAAUAACUCUCUCUUUUUUUAAAAAAAUGAUAUUUAUUAAAGUUUCACAUGAAAAGAGACACAUUAAUAAAAAAAAAAAUUAAAAAUGAAAAGAAAAAUACACAGUACAAAACACAAAAAGAAAAAAGAAAAAACAGUUAAAAACAAUUCCAUCUUUUCAUCACUACUUUUACAUUUACUUAUUUCCCGGACCUCCUCAUACCUCCCUCUUUUGUAUUCCAAUUCAGUUUGUUUGUCCAGCAAUUCCUUUCCCUCCUUUUUAAUCCCAAUCCUUAAUCUUAAUAUAAUAUAACAUUAAAUUUUUACCUAUUAAAAACCAAUUUUCCAUUCUUUUAACCUUUUUAAUCCUAAUCCUUAAUCUUGAUCUAUAUAUAACUUUAAAGCCUGUACAGCUAGAAGCCACUUAAUUUCAAUCCAUCAUCACUCUAACAUUCUUUAAUUUUGCAAUAUUUCUGUAAGUAAUCUUUGAAUUUCUUCCAAUCUUCUUCCACCGACUCUUCUCCCUGGUCACGGAUUCUGCCAGUCAUUUCCGCCAAUUCCAUAUAGUCCAUCAAUUUCAUCUGCCAUUCCUCCAGUGUGGGUAGCUCUUGUGUCUUCCAAUACUUUGCGAUGAGUAUUCUUGCUGCUGUUGUUGCAUACAUAAAGAAAGUUCUAUCCUUUUUUAACACCAAUUGGCCAACUAUGCCCAGGAGAAAGGCCUCUGGUUUCUUCAAGAAGGUAUAUUUAAAUACCUUUUUUAAUUCAUUAUAUAUCAUCUCCCAGAAAGCCUUAAUCUUUGGGCACGUCCACCAAAGGUGAAAAAAUGUACCUUCAGUUUCUUUACAUUUCCAACAUUUAUUAUCAGGCAAAUGGUAGAUUUUUGCAAGCUUGACUGGGGUUAUGUACCACCUGUAUAUCACCUUAAACUUUAUUAUGAAUCAGCAGCUUUUUGCUGAUUGAAAGAAUGGCUGCUUCUUGAAAACACUGACAUUUUAGAUCUAGAAGGUUUUAACAAUGUAUUUGGAUGGCAUGCAUAUCUGGUAUGAUAAGGUCAAAGCACAUAAAGCAUUUAAAAAUCACAUUGUCAGGAAAGCACUGUUUAAUGUUUGGAUAAGAUACAAGGAUUUAUUGGAAAACAAAACUCCAAGGUGGUUGUCACCAAUGGAAGCGAAAGCUCUGAAAAAGCUCAAUAUGGAGGUCAAAUGGCCGAAAUAUUGGGAAAUUUUGGAACAAGAUGGAGAUAGACUGAAAUUGCAGAGUUUUGAAAAAUUAAAAAACAAAGUGCGAGACUGGCUUCAUUAUUAUCAGAUAAUGGAGGCAUACAAUUUGGACAAGAAAAUUGGCUUCCAGGUGGAAAAAUCAAAAUUAGAAACAGAACUGUUAGAACCCAAAACUAAGAAUUUGUCAAGAAUGUAUAACUUGCUGCUGAAAUGGAACACUCAGGAUGAAACGGUGAAAUCUACUAUGAUUAAAUGGGCACAAGACGUUGGACAUAACAUUAUGUUUGCUGACUGGGAACAGUUGUGGACCACAGGUAUGAAAUUUACGGGAUGUAAUGCCUUAAGAGAAAAUAUUAUGAAAAUGAAACAAUAACUCUCAACCUCCCUCGGUCUGGGGCUCCAUUGCAAGAUCUCAUCUCAUGGCGUUGCAGUGAUCAGGAGAACUGUGAUGAAGCAGCCUAGAACUACAGGGGGGAACUUGUCAAUGAUCUCAGGGCAGCUGGGACCAUAGUCACCAUGAAAAUAGUUGGGAACACACUACGCAGUGAAGGACUGAGAUCUUGCAGAGUCUGCAAGGUCCCCUUGCUCAAGACAGCACAUGUACAGGCCCGUCUGCAGUUUGCCAAUGCACAUCUGAAUGACCAGAGGAGAAGUGGGUGAAAGUGUUGUGGUCAGAUGAGACCAAAAUCAAGCUCUUUGGCAUCAACUCAACUCGCUGUGUUUGGAGGAGGAGGAAUGCUGCCUACGACCCCAAGAACGCCAUCCCCACCGUUAAACAUGGAGGGGGACAUAUUAUGCUUUGGGGGUGUUUUUCUGCUAAGGGGACAGGACACCUUCACUGCAUCGAAAGGAUGAUGGACGGGACCAUGUAACGUCAAAUCUUGGGUGAGCACCUCUUUCCCUCAGCCAGGGCAUUGAAAAUGGGUCGAGGAUGGGUAUUCCAGCAUGACAAUGACCCAAAACAUGGCCAAGGCAACAAAGGAGUGGCUCAGAAAGAAGCACAUUAAGGUCAUGGAGUGGCCUAGCUAGUCUCCAGACCUUAAUCCCAUCGAAAAUCUGGAGGGAGCUAAAGGUUCAAGUAGCUACACAUCAGCCUUGAAAUCUUACUGACUUGGAGAGGAUCUGCAAAGAGGAGUGGGACAAAAUACCUCCUGAGAUGAGUGCAAACCUGGUGGCCACCCUUUGACUCAUGUAUGCAUAUUUGUGCAGGAAAUAUAAGCUGAUGCAACCAUUAAACAUACGUUUGCAGCUAAAACUUUAUUGGUCAUUUUGACACUUCGAUGAUUUUGCCAUUUUGCAUUCUAGAAUUGUAUCUUAUUUUGUAAUAUGUGGGAACAUUGUGAAACUGUUGAGUUACUCUUUGGCCUUCUCUAUCCCUAUGCAACGACAAUCUGCAAGAUCACUUUCCUGAAAGAAAGUUACCCAGAACCUUUCAGAGAUGAGGGUCUGUAUUUUUUGGCAGAACAGUGUGUUUCUAUGAGAUGUAAAGUUAAUGCAUGUAGUUUGCUUGGCAGAGUCCUGAAUAUUUGAGAAUGGAACAUGCUGCACAGCUUGGGCAGUUAAGAGAAAGUGAUAAAUUACGGUCAUGUGGGGUUGCUUUAAAUACAAUUUCGAAACAUCAGUUGUUCCAGAAUAUGGCAGCAGUGCUAGCUGUGCAGAGCAUAUCACCUAAUACUGCAAGAACUUUGUUGGUUACUAGGAUAAAUGCAAGGUGUUGAGGGAAUUUGAGGGAACACUUUCUCCUUUACAUACCUCCAUACAUGGAGGACUAGUGAUGAGAUCUCCUUGAAGGUAUUUUGAGAGAAUAAAAUUGGAUUUCUUGUUUUAGUGUUGUGUUCUCUCUCCCCAUUUUUAUCUGGUGAAUUUAAAAAUUUCUGUAUUUUUAUAUUUCUGAUGCAGUGGAAGGUCACAUGCCCCACCAGUUUUCCACACCAAUUAUUUGAGAAAUUUCAAAUCAAGUGAUUUAUUUAUUUGACCAUGACAACAGUUGAAAUAAGUUUAGUGCCUUUCCCACCACAGCCUCUACAAAGUUGACUGAUUGGUACUGGACGUUCAAAUUGCAGAGAAUGGAUAGGAUCUCAUCUUGGACACGAUGUCCCGGUAUUUUUAUGAAUUGUGUUGUUACCUGAUGCUUGAAGAGCUGUAGCAAUUGAAAAGCAGGUGAUACAUUUGCAUUUGAAACAGAAAAUAAAAACCCUUGCCCAGUCCUAAAUGUGUUUACUUUGAAGUAAGUCCUACACAGUUCAGUUGGGCUUAAGUCCUGGAAAAGUAUGCUUAGCAGUUGCAAUUUGGCUUAUAGCUAUGCUUCGUCACAAUCAGUUUUAUCCUUUGGUGGCUCUUUUGCAUAUGAAAAUUAGGCUUUUAACUGUGCCUUACAAAGAUGAGUUUACUUUUAGGAGAUUGCAAAUGUAAGCUUAAUAGGUUUCACAUUUUCUUUUUAAACCAGGCUUUUUUUAAAUAGUCAUGUUAAAUUAAAAGUUGGUUUAAUGUCUGUGUCUCUGUGUGUAAUGCCUAUUUGAUUAUAGUAAUUCAAAGGUAAGGGAGAAAAUCAAAGCAAUUCCUAAACAUUAGGAAGAACGUCCUGACAGUAAGAGCUGUUCGACAGUGGAAUUUGCUGCCAAGGAGUGUGGUGGAGUCUCCUUCUUUGGAGGUCUUUAAGCAGAGGCUUGACAACCAUAUGUCAGGAGUGCUCUGAUGGUGUUUCCUGCUUGGCAGGGGGUUGGACUCGAUGGCCCUUGUGGUCUCUUCCAACUCUAUGAUUCUAUGAUUCUAUCUUUUUUAAAAUGGACUUUUAUGCACCCUGAUGGUUUAUAUUGUUGUUGGGGUGUAUUUUUAAGUGUGUUAAGGUGGGGGGACGGAGGCUGAAUCUUCCUGAUUUACUGGCAGUCACUCUAAAGCUGCCAGAGAUUACAUUUAGCAUUGCUUAUAAUCAUGGCUGAGCUUACCAAAGCCAAAAAAUACUCUGAGCUUUUUUACCCGUAUAGUGUUUCAUAUCACAUGUGUUUUGGCUCUUUCCAAAGAGUGACCAUGCAGUUGGGCUUUCCCCGAGAAACUGGUAUCAAUUUGGCAGGGCUCUUCUGAUUCUUGCUUGGAGUUCCUGUCGCUGCGACCCUGCAGUGAAAUGUACACAGGAAGGUUUACCAUCAGAUCUAUAUUGUUCUUUCAUAGUCAUUUUCAUCUUGUGCAUGUUACUGACAUCACAAAGGAGCUAUAAUAGUGCUUUGCCUGAGUUGGUAUCACAUAGUCCUGGGAGGUACUUGCCCUUAGCUUGGUUGCAGCAGUUGGGGAUUGAGCAGAAACACCACAAACUGGUAAUUUUGAAGGAGGUAAGUGAGAGGGAAUGGGCUGAAUUUCAGGUAGGUAGGCUGUAAGCUAAAAUAAUUGGGUGGGAUGGGUCAUAAGAGAAUGCUUCUUAGAAAGAAGCUGAUAUGUUGUGCCCUACAACUAAAGUCUUUUUCUCCUGUUUUAUCUCACAGGGCGUGUGUAUUAUUUCAACCAUAUUACAAAUGCCAGCCAAUGGGAACGUCCCACUGGAAACAGCAAGAAUGGACAGGGAGAGCCGACUAAAGUGCGAUGCUCACAUCUCUUGGUGAAACAUAACCAGUCUAGGAGACCUUCAUCAUGGAGGGAGGAUAAGAUCACCCGGAGCAAGGAGGAGGCCCUGGAGCUAAUUAAUGGCAAGUAAAAGCAAAGGAAAGCGAGAGCUCAAUGUACUGAAGCCCUGCUUUCCAUACCAGACAGUCCAGCCCCCAAUGCAGUGCUUUCCUUUCAAAAUUGUGAUGAAGCCAGCAGCCUCUGGACAAAAGGAACCUGUUGACUCACUUCACUCCUCUUGAUUGGGGCAUUUCAGUUGCCUGUUAGGGCCAUUUUUUCUACAAAUUGUCUGUGCACCAUAUAAAUUAAAUUUAUAUGCCUCCCUUCAUCUGUGUAUCACAGGGCAGUUUACAGUAUAAAAACACAAAAGUACGUAACAUAGUAACAAACAAAAACAAUACUCCCUGCUCUCCCAGUUUAAAAGGCCAGAGAUUGCUUCAGUAGCCAAAGGUCUAGGUAGAAGAGCAAAGUUUUUACCUGGCGCCUAAAGAUAUGUAAUGAAGGUGCCAGGUGAGCUUCCUUGGGGAGAAGAUUACAGAAGCGCAGGGCCGCCACAGAAAAGGCCCUCUGUCAUGUGCAAAUGAGGCACACAAAGAAGGGCCUUCGAUGAUGAUUGCAUGGUCUGGGUCAGUUCAUAUGGUUCACAUAUAAAGUCUCCAGCUCUUAAGAUUAUGGAGAAACAUAUGGAAGUGGGAACUGCCUCUGAAAGACUGCCCUUUUCAAACCCUGCAUGGCUAAGUGUCCUUCCUUCAUUGCCAUCUGUAGCAGCCUAGUCCAUAGAAGCUGGCUGCCUCAUCCAUCCCACCUUGCCAAGAAUUUCCAGUGCUGCAAAACAUUCCUCAGUUAUCAUGUUCAGUAUAAAGUAGGCGGACGGAGUGCGAUAAUGCAAAAUUAAUUUGCAUAAGGUGGGGUUGGUGGCAUGCGGUGUAGAUAGCUUUUUGUCUGAUGCAUGAACAGCAUAAUCAGAAGAGGGUUCAGUUGGGCUUUAUAUCUAGAGCCUUAGGACCUAUUUCAUACAAACAGCUGAUGAGGUGACAAAAUUUGCUCCUGGACUUUCAUCCUGCGAUGGAGAAGUUUAUAAUAGUUUUAUUCUGUCCUGUAAUAUGUGAGUAUAUAUAUCUAUGUCUCAAUAUAUAGAAUCAUAGAAUUGUAGUGUUGGACCUUCUACCAUUAUUAAUGAAAUGUAUCUACUACUUGCCAGGGCUGAAAUCACUGCCAAGACUCAAACUUGACUCAGCCACUCCUGUUUUCUUCUGCAUGUGGAAUAGAGUUUUGCAGGGCUGCUAUAGAAUCUUAGAAUUCGAAGGGACCCCAAGGGUCAUCUAGUCCAACCUCCUGCUAUGCAGGAAUCUUAGCUAAAUCAUCCCUGACAGAUGGCUAUCCAACCCCUGCUUAAAAACUUCCAAGGAAGGAGAGUCUACCACCUCCCAAGGGAGUCCCUUCCACUGUCUAGCAGCCCCUACUGUCAGAAAGUUCUUCAUGAAGUUUAAUCGGAAUCUCCUUUCUUGUAACAUGCCCCCCCCGCCCCGCAGAAAAUGAGCAAACAAGCUUGCUCCAUCCAUCAUGUGACAGCCCUUAAGAUGGCUAUCAUAUCUCCUCUGUCUCAUCUUUUCUAGGCUAAACAUACCCAGCUCUUUCAACCGCUCCUCAUAAGGCUUAGUUUCCAGACUCUUGAUCAUCUUGGUCACCCUAUUCUGCACACCUUCCAGCUUGUCAACAUCCCUCUUAAAUUGUGGUGCCCAGAAAUGGACACAGUAUCCCAGGUGUGGUCUGACCAUGGCAGAAGAGAGUGGGACUAUGACUUCCCUUGAUCUGGACACUAGAUAUCUGUUGAUGCAGCCUAGAACUUCAUUGGCUUUUUUUUUGCUUCUGCUUCACACUGUUGACUCAUGCUAAGCUUGUGGUCCACCAAGUCCCCUAGAUCCCUUUCAAAUGUAUUGCUAGCAAGUCAGGUGUCCCCCAUCCUAUAUUUGUGCAUCUGGAUCUUUUUGCCUAAGUUCAGAACCUUACAUUUGUCCCGACUGAAAUGCAUUUUGUUAGCUUAGGUCCCGUUCUCCAAUCUGUUAAGGUAAUUUAAACUCUGAUUCUGUCUUCUGUGACAUUAGCUACCCCUCCCAGUUUGGUGUCGUCUGCAAAUUUGCAUCCCCUCAGUUCCUUCAUCCAAAUCGUUUAUAAAGACAUUGAACAACAGUGGGCCCAGGACAGAACCCUGUGGCACCCAACUUGUCACUUCUCCCCAGGGUGACAAGGAACCAUUUGGGUUUGGUCAGUCAACCAGCUGCAAAUCCACUUAGCAGUUACUUUGUUCAGCCCACAUUUUACCAGUUUCCUCGCGAGAAUAUCAUGGAGGACUUCGUCAAAAGCCUUUCUGAAAUCAAGAUACACUAUGUCCACAGCAUUCCCCUGAUUCACCAAGUGUGUGUGUGUGUGUAUAUAUCUAUAUAAUCUUUGCAUGUACAAAUGUGUGUAAAGCCUUGGUGACAAGUUCUUUUUAAAAUGUGCAACAAGGUAUAUGGAGGAGUGUUCAGUCCUGUCAACAUUCCCCUUCCCAGUCUGCAGUCUGAAAUUCUACUGUCUACAAACCCGUGACCAUCUCAUCUGGUGUAUGUGCGAUAUAUGCCCCAAAGGGCAAAAUAGAGUUGGAGGUGCUGCCCAGCACACCCUGUUCUGAGAACACAGUGCCAGAUUGUGGUCAUAGUAAUGCAUUGCGGGUGGACUGAGCAGAAAAUAGGUGGAGCUGUAUCAAACUUUGGCAAACCUCUGGACAAGGUAAGAUGCUUGGUAGGAGAAGGAAGAAUGUCUGCCAGUUUGCAUCGUUUGUCCUUGUUCUAGAGUCUGUAGAGCUCCAGGAAAGGACAAGCAUUGUCAAAGUUGCCAGACUUCUUUUUAGCUCAGUUCAUCAAACCAGAACUGGGGCAACCCUGACUUGCUAGUAUUUUGGAUCAUUUUGGAGCUGAGGGUUUCAAAUGCAUUUCUCAUGUAGCACAGACACUUGGGGGAAAGGUCUAAAAUCGCUCUUGUAUGAUUUGGUGCCUCAAAUACCAGUUGCCACAAUUUUGAGCUUGUUCCUUAUCUAUUUUCCCAUUUAGCACUUUCUUUUGUAAAGCCACCUGAGAGGUUUGCUUGUAUUUUCUUUGUAAAAAUGUGUAUUUUUAUAUUGAAAAUAAAAUUUGUAUUUUAAGCCAAAACCAAUGUUCUUUAACACAUUUUCAUGUAUGUUGAAUGUUCAUUUCACUGGUGGGAGGGAGGCAAGAGGGCAACAUAACUGUGGGUGGGAGAAUAAGAUACCACCUGCAUAUCUUCCACAUGAAAUCUGGUGCAGGGCUUGUUCGUUGGCCACCCUUGGCUUCAGCUGAAUUGGAUUAAGCUAAUUUAAAAAUACUAACAUGUUCUUCUGGAAACACCGAACUCCUGAUUUUUUUUGUCCUUGACAGUAAUAAAAGUUCAGCUCCUAGCAGGGUGGGAAGAACCUUAGGUGCCAGUAUGGGUAAGUAGAAAGAAAAAAUAAAAAAAAUCCUUCCAGUAGCUCCUUAGAGACCAACUAAUUUGUUACUGGUAUCUGAAGAAGUGUGCAUGCACAUGAAAGCUCAUACCAAUAACAAACUUAGUUGGUCUCUAAGGUGCUACUGGAAGGAAUUUUUUGUUUUGUUUCGACUACGGCAGACCAACACGGCUACCUACCUGUAACUAGAAAGAAAAAUGUUAGGGUCUAGGAAUCCUUUGGCAUCUGAGCUCCAUGUUUCUGGCAUCCAUGAAGCCAUCUGUUCUGGCAGGCACAGAACAGUGAUUCCUACUUAGACAUUCUUCAGUGUUUGCUAUUGUAAGCAAUGAGUAGAGCGUGAAGAGUGGGUUCCUUCGAUUGCUCCGUGGCUCCUCUCUUUUUGAGCCGCAGGGGUGGCAACAACAGAACCUUUCUCUGCGAGGGUUUGAGUUAUUUGUCUCCAGGCAUGGCCUCCUCACGCAGCAGCAUUUUGUAUUUGUGAUCUGGAGACCCAUUCGGUGGUUUGCAUGCACGUUGCUAGGAAAUGAACCCUUCCACAUGCUUUCCUACCCAAAUUGUGCAGCAGGAGAACUGGCCUGCCUGGGUUUAGAAGAGGGAAGGGGAGAACUAUGCCUUCAUGGAAUCUCAUCUUUUGUAGUGCCUUUGGGGAGUUCUCUCUUUUUGGAAUUGUAGCUUCUGGUUCAGUCAAGGAAUGAGGCUAUGCAGUAUUGGCAGCCAUGGCCUCUGGUAUUUCUAGCAGAAUUUCCCUCCAGGUUUCAGGUUGUUAGAGAAGCGCAAGAGGAACUUGAUGCUGGAACUGUGGAUUAGCAACAUAGGUGGUACAACCGGUGUAGUUUCCAUGCUAACAGCAGUUGAGUCGCCCUCCCCACACUAGUCCACAAGUGUCAGGUGGGAUUUGGACAUAACCCAGCAGAAGAAAAUCUGAUCGCGGGGGGCCACUAGGGGCGCAUCAGAAGAUGGCUGACAAUAACAUCUCUCCGACCCACACGAGGUAAUUUGGAGGCUAUGAUGGGAGUAAUUAGCCUCCCCCCCCCCAGGAUGGUGGGGACUGCCCUUGCCUGCUGUGCCCUAUACCACCCCCGAAUUUGUGGGGAUGGGGGCACUAGGCACAAAGCCCUCCUGUGGGAUUUCGGCGCUCCUGGACGCCAUCUCUGAUUCGCGCCACUAGCUGCAAGAACUUCAAAAGAAACAAUUUGGAUGAAGGAAUGCACAUAUUUCGAGGAAGGAGGGGGAGCAAAGACUGCUAACAGAAGAGAUCUCUGAUAAAUUAAGACGAGUCAGAGGAACAAGCAUAGAUUAUGAGAAGAUACGCCAAGACUCGGUAUGGCAAAGGGGCUGAUGGGGGAGGGGGAAAAAAACUUUCCUUUCUUUCUUUUAUGUGAUUAAACAAGAAUCCCCCCCCCUCACGUCAGGAAUGUCGAUUUAAGGACUUAAGCUGUGGAUUUAAGGCUGUGUGGAGAUAUACUUUCGAACCAAAGCAUGUUUUAAGAAGAGCGUGGAAUGUAUAAGGGCUUUGGAAUGACACAGUUAAAAAUAUCGUCGCCAUAUUGGGAAGUUCUGUCGGAGGACUUAAGUCUGAGAGGAGAAAUAGAGCUGUUUUUAUAUUGUGGAUGAAACUCCUCAGAGGGACUUAAGAUCGACAGUUUUGUAAUUAAUGAUGGAAAGAGCGAUGUUAUUUAUGAAGGCGAUGUUAUAUGGAAACCAUCUCGAUUUGAGGAUUGGAAGAACGGAAAAUUCACACAGGAUUAUUAUUGGUGUUUAUCGGCUUAAGGAGACUAUCAGAAGAGAUCAUAAAGAAAAAAGAGAAAAUAUAUGAACAAGAUGUGAUGUGGAAACAGCAAGAUAAGACUGGAUAGAAUUAUGAACUCUGUUUGGACUGAUUUGGACAUUAACGCAGUAGCAAGAAGAUGAUCAGAAUCCCCCUUCGGAUCUUGAAAUAUGGGUCCCCUCAACAAAAUUUAAAAUUCGGCUUUGUAAUUCGGAAUUUAUGUGAUGUGAUUUAAUUUGAUUUGAUUGGCCGGUUAAUAAAAAUUAUUUUUUUUAAAAAAAGAAGAAAAUCUGAUCGCAGUUGGGGAAAGUUUAAAUGGGUGCUUAAUUCCCCCAUUGAAAUCAAUACACAAACUUCAGGUAGAUCGUACCUUUAUUCCUCUCCUCCCUGGCUUUUAAGGACAGGUUCUCUUAUGAGACCUUGAAUUCAUUCAAUCUGGGAUUAAAGCAAUGUACUGUAUACACUUCUUGUUCUGAGUAGAAUCUUUCUUUAAAAACUUCCCCAUCCUAGAAAACAUAACCUUAAAAUAAAAUAAAAUAAAAUAAGAAAAGAAGGAUGCAUAUUUCUUGCCACUUAAAAGAAUUCAUAUGUCUAGCCAGGGGUCCACAAAAUGUAUUUGCCAGAUCACUGGAGGGAGCCAUAUAUUUUUGUCCAGCAAACAUAUCUUGUUCUUGAUUCUGUGCUGGACUUCAGAAAUCCAACAUGAUGCCCAAAAUGAGAUCCUAUCCGUUCUUCCAAUACCAGUCAGUAUUUGUAGAGCCUGUGGUAGAAAAGGCACUAGACUUAUUUCAGCUGUUGUCAGUGACCAAAUAAAUAAAUCACUUGGUUUGGAAUUGCCCAGAUAAUUGGAGGGAAUAUUUAUUGGACUGUAUGACUUUCCAUCCUUAGGACUGAAUCAGAAAUAUAUGAUGGGUUGAAAAACUGCAGUGAACCUGUAUUUAGUCAAAGCUAUUUGCACUCUUUUAAUAAGUGCAGAACAUGGCUCUCCUCAGCUGGAUGCAUUGUGCAUUGCUAUUCUUAGAUUGGAGGGAAAAACCCUUCAAGUGUGUAGUUAUGAGAGUGGGAAAAGAAAUUAACUUCUAAAAAAUGGCUUUUUGUUUUUGGCAUUGACUGCACACAGACACAGACACACAGACACAGUUUCAGCUGAGCAGUUUUUCACUUCAUCUUGUGGGAUGGUGCUCUGUGGGUUAGAUAUACUUGCAUGUGAAAAGUCUGCAUGUUAAGGAGAAAGGCAGACUUGACACCUGCCCGGGGCUUUCUGUGUGUGGUUUGGGGACAGCCAUCCUACAUGCAAUUGCCCCUCCUACAGUCUGACUUGGUGUCCUCGCUGCAUAUUUGGAGCAGUCUUACAAUUGUUAAAAGGGAGAACAUCAUACCUGUAAUUAACUGAGGAUGUUACCAAAAUUUUACAAGACAUGUUCCAUCAGGUGGCAAAGCUGCUAAUAAGGGGAGUAGAAAAAUUGAUGACAAAAUAUAGCUUAAAAAUAAAUAAAUUGAACCUAGAUAAUAAAAAAAACCGGGAGCAUGUAUGUGAAUCAUAAAGUGCUUAAAAUCUGAUUUUAAUGCAAAUGUAUUAAAAGUACAUCUCUAGUUGAAUCCAUUUGCCUAUAAAAUGCAGCACUGAAGAAGGCUUUUAAAAUAGCAAAUAGGGGUGAGGAAAUUUUCUUUUGAGGUUAGCAUUGUAGAUCAGAUGUUACAGGCUUUGAGGGGGUUAGAAUCCCUGAGAUGUCAUCCAUGCCAGGUUCAUCUACUGAACCCACCUGGAUAACUUUGUAAUUCUUAUGCCUUCUAAAUUUGUUGUAGUAGCAUACAUGGGGUAGAUAGAAAUUGGUAUUGUGAAGGUAUUGUUUUGUAAAUAUACGACAAAAUACCUCCUACUGAUACAUCCUUCUAAGAUUCCCACUUCUAUCUUCAAAUAACACCCUCCAUGGGUACAAAAAUCAGGACUGUUCUUUAUUUAAGGUUCACAGCAUGCAGUGGAGUCAGGCCCCCAUGCAAUCAGGUUUUGGGAUCUACCAGUUCUCAGUCCAAGAGAAUCGGAAGCAAAUACAGUGGUACCUCAGGUUACAGACGCUUCAGGUUACAGACCCCGCUAACCCAGAAAUAUAACCUCAGGUUAAGAACUAUGCUUCAGGAUGAGAACAGAUUGUGCAGCGGCAGUGGGAGGCCCCAUUAGCUUAAGUGGUGCUUCAGGUUAAGAACAGUUUCAGGUUAAGAACGGACCUCCGGAACGAAUUAAGUUCUUAUCCCGAGUUACCAACGUAGUGUGGUUGAGGACAGCUUUGGGUCUAAAUUCCAGAAGCAGCAGCUAAUGUUCAGAGCAUUUUCUGGCAACUAAUGUAGUCUAGGACAGGCAAUGAAGACAGUCCCACAGGCAGCAGCAAAAGCCACGAGGUAGGUAGCAUAACCCGAGAGGCAGAGGCAAGGGAUCAGGUUCUGGAAAAGGAGUUGGAUCUUAGCCAGGCAAAGUCUUCUCGGGUGAGCUUUCUCUGACAAGUGAGCAGAUCCCAGGGUUAGGACUUUCUGGGCUGGGAUGGUUGGUUGGUUGAUGGCACACUAAACUGAUUGCUGGGGCCAGUGCAGCAGCCGGGAUGGUGCUUUUAACCCUCUUCAAGGUUUGUGUUCAGCACACAGCAUGGGUGGCAAAGGUGAGCUCUGGUUUGAUACCUCUUUCUACGCCCACCCCUCCAGGGAAAAAUAUUUCAGAUUGUUUGUCUUGUUCCCUUCUCUUCCUCUUUGGUCACGUAAAUGCUGGCCUGUUAAGUUGGUUCUAGGUGAAGUACUAGAAUUGCAGAGUUGGAAGAGACCAUGAGGGUCAUCUAGGCCAACCUCCUGCAGUGCAGGAAUCUUUCCCCCAACUUGGGACUGUAACCCAUGACCCUGAGAUCAAGUGUCUCAUGUUCUAUCAACUGAGCUAUUCUAGACGUCCCUUUGACUUUCCUUGUGCCCCUAGACGUGCCUUCCCAGGUACAAUUAAAAAUUAUUUAAGUAAAUAAUAUUUCCCAUUCUAGAACCCUCCAUCACUCUGAUAUGCAACAUUCCCUCUGCUCCCUGUUCUAGGUGAUAAUAACUCACCUUAAUUGCUUCUAGGAAACUCGUUAGCCUUCUGUGAAACAAAAUACUGCCAAUUGAUAGUAUGUGAGCAAAAUCAACAUUUAAUAGGAAUUGGGCCAUUUCAUUAGAAAAUAAAACCAAGGAAUUAUUUCUCAAUGUUUUUCCUAUGCCCUGUAUACAAGCCAUACUUCCAUUAUGUGUUUCUGAAGAGACCAGAUUUAUUUCCAAAUUUGGGUCCAAGGAGAUGGCUGUCUUCAUUGUCCCCAUGAACAUCACCAUCAGAGAAGCAUGUGAAACAGGAAAACUGGAAUCUUAUUCUCACUUAAAAAAUCUUCCACACCUCAGUAGGUUGAGAAAAAGACUGCCACCCACCCUUUAUGGCAUGGGGCCAAGAAUGCCUUAUAAGUCAUAUUAACUGCAAGAAGCAGAGCUCAUGAAAAGCCUGUUUGGAAAGCGAGUUUUAGGAUGAUUUCUUCUACGCUAAUGAUUCACUAUCCUGAUGAUCCAAACAGCCCUUAAAAUAGUUCUAAAGGGUAAGUGUUAGCAGUUGGCUGUUUGAUGUAACCAGGAUGGUUAAGGCAGAAAUCUGUUUUGCUUUCCAAGUGAGAGUUGUAAUUCUCUCCCCAUCCCCUCUUAAACAAAGGAAAGGAAACUGAACUUUUAAAGUUACACCAAGCAACCUUGCCCAACAGAUUGUAUCCAACAAAGUUGUCCUGUUGGUGCAAGGACUUCCCACAACUUUCCCUGCCUCUCCAACAGUCUGGAGCAGAUUUGUGGGGGAGCCUGGGGUGUGCGCAAGGAGAGGGAGCACAAGAGCCCUCCUGUUGUGCAAGCAGCACAAUUGUGUGAAAUGCAACCUGGUGUGUGUGAAGAUUCACCACAGCUCCCAAAAGCUGGGGCAACCUUCCUUCUAGUCGGGCUGCUACUCAGCUUGGCUUUUCUUGAACUCCUAGAGCAUACAAGAUGGUAUGCUGUUGUAGAGGAGGAACACAUUGCCAUUGUUUCCUUUACCUUGAGCAAACUGUGGCAUCUUGGGAUUGUUGAGAAGUUCCGUUUGGAUGCAGACCCUGAGAGGCUUAUCGGCCAAGCGCUGUCCCAGAACCACAUCUUUCAUUAGAAGUUCCGAUAACCAGCUUUUUCUGUGCAUAUUAUCUUUCUUGGAUAGAAGGCUAAGCCAAUGAAAAUUUGUUGCUGGGUGCAGCAGCAGAAGGCUUCCAUCAUCUGAUAACAUUAUGGAGAGAGACAUUUUAAUCUUGUUUUGUAUGGGAUUCUGAUGUAAUUCUUAUAUUCAAGUGAUGUUUAAAAUGUAUUAAACUACCGGUUUGAUAGCCCCAGAGACGGGAGUCCUUUUCCUAUCAGAUAAUUUUUGUGUUAGAGCAAUCUUCUGUGUCACCUUAAGGACAGAGGGAAAGGCGUGAUUAAAACUUAUUUCAUCUAGCUCUCCUGCUGUGAGGUUGAUAAAACCCAUUAGGAAUUCAUUCAUUUGUCUCUUUUAUUAUCAUUGUUUCUUUUUUUAUAUGAAAUGCCAUGAUCAGGAGAGCUGGGCAUGGGGAGAAUCUAUUUUCUGUCAACAGCUGCAUCUGUCCUUGAUAAACACCAUUUGUGGUAAAGGUCAUAGGAGCUUGCAUAUAAUUGUUUAAAAAUGGCGGUGUGCAUUUUGGCUUGAUAACGGUAUAAAGAGAGAUUGAUACUGUUGACUUGGCAAGAGCAGUCUGUUAUUAUCUUCCUAAAAAUGAGCAGGUGAAAUUAUGAACAACAACAAAUAUCUCACUAAAGAAUUUAUUGCAUGAAUGCCCACCUUAGCCGCAAUCAAACAGCUGAGCCUCAUUGAAUUUCUCUGAACAAGCUUACCAUACCUGAUGAACAUAAUUAUAGCCUAGAAUUGUUAAAAUAGAUCCCCUGGGAAGCAUCAGUUUGACAGGCAUAUCAUCGUCGCCUUUGAUGUUAUUGUUUAGAGAAUUUUAACUCUGAUAUUGCCAUGUUUUUCUUAAACACUGUGGAGGUUGAGAGUUGUCAAAGGGCUUGUGAGUGUGUGUUAGAUUUUUGUUGUGUUUAAAUCUGGGCUUGUAAAUAGCCUCUUACCUGAUCUCCUACGGCGAGUAAGAAUCUGGUGGAGGUGACCACACACAGGUGUGUCCCCCCCUCCCCAUAUAUGUGAGCAGGAGGCUGGUGUAGAAAAUGUUUGUGGGCUACUGAUUUUUCUUUGGUGGACUUCUUUCCAAAACUGUAUCACUGGGCAGAUUAGUCUUAAUGUGUUGUUCCCCAGGGGUCCUGUUGAAAAAAUUUGACUGCUUUCCUGCAUACUCCUUCAGAACUCCAGCAAGAGUGACCUGUUCUGCCUUAGCAGCUGGGUCAGGGGUCAGGGAGAGAGCGAUGGGGAAGAAAGCCUGGGUCCUUCUCACCACCAGCAUGCAGACUUCAACCACUGAUGCCGAGGGAAGUUGGACCUCAACAGAAGAAUAAGGUCUUCAGCACCUCUGUUUAUAGGCGGCAUCUCAUAGAAGGACUUCUGUGGGUGGUUUUGUUUGGUUUUGUUUUAGUAUAUAGAAUUAAACAAAUAAUGAGAGAAUACUAGAUAACACACUGAAAUAAUGUAGCAUCUAUUGGAUGCAUAGUAUUGGAUGCACAAUUAGAAAAAAUUCCUCAGAGAUAUUGAAGAGUUGCUGAUAGCUGCGCUAGAUCUACAAACACCCUGGCUUGGUAGUAGCUUCCUCUUCUGCUCAUGUUUCAGAAGGGAUAUUUUGGACUGUUAGCAGUGUUUGUUUGGCCCAAACAUCCCAUUGGGUGGGAAUUCUGUGUGCCAGAAAAACCAGAAUUGUCCACAGGAAGGCAGUCAGGUGAGAGUUGAACUCCUCCUCCUUAGAUAGCAGGGUUGGCAAACACGACUCCUUUCUCAAAGAUGACCUGCUCUUCCAGAUGGCAGCAGGGUUCUAGAGUGGUUCCUGCUGAACGGGGCUGCACGGCAACCAGCUUGGCUGCCUCAAGACAAACCAAGAAGUCAUUAGCCCCGGUAACAGCUGCCCUUUUCCUGAGUUUGCUGCAUUGCUUGCUCUUGCAAGUGUUUCCUCCUCUCCUCUGACUCUCCUGCUAUGUUAAGUGGGAGGCAAAUCAAACCACAUGGCUCAGCUGUGAACUAGGGACUCAACAUUAUCUCUUCUGCCUUCUUCCCUGCCCAAGUAUAGAGGGGUGAUGCUUCUGAGAGGCCGCAACCCUGCGUUCCUCAUUUGCUGUGCUACAUAAAAUCAGCAUCCUGUGUCCAGGCCCAUGAAGUCACCGGGCUGGAAGGCAACAGGGCAGAUUGCCUGUGAAGCAAAGUGCUUGGCAUCUAGGUUGUUGCAGCUGACAUCUUAGUGCUGGGCAUGGCCUUCCCCAAACCAUGGUGGGAGGUGGCCCUGCUGGAACUGUAUAAUGGAACAAGUGAAAACUGGCAAGAGGGAAUGAGCAUGAGCAAAGGAGUCUUCUGACUUCCCGUUACUGAAUGGGACAGGGAGCAGGGGAAGAAAAUUCAUCCAGUAUUUUGGUCAAGGCAGGGCUAGGUGAGGCAAGGUGAGGCAACUGCCUCAGGUGGCAGGAUCCACAGGGGCAGCAGAUUCGGCCUCCAAGGAAUACAUUGCCCACUGCUGCUACUGUUUCUGAGGUGGCAGCCAUGGCUGUGGCACAUCCUUGGAGGCUUGGUCUGCUGCCUCCUUGGCAGCCCCCCCCCCCAGCCCUAGGGGUGGGUGGAGACCAGCAGUGCGUCGGAUUUGCCCAGAGGCUGCUGUGCAAUGUCUUCUCCACAGCUGUCUCUAGCUGAGUAAGAGGCUCUGGUCUCCUUCCACCCCUAGGGAGGAAAUGGCCGGGGCUGCCCUGGGAGGUCUCCAGGGCCCUGCAGUUGCCUGGCAUGAUUCUCAGUGGGCCUCUUUUCUCCCCAUGGCUGCCUUUGAUUUUUACUUUGACCAAUGGGUAAUGUUGAUUUGACACCCCUGCUCCCCCAUUUCCGAUGUAGAUCUUCUUCCUUGCUUGUUUCUGAUAAGAUCUUCAUUCACCCCUUUUUCCCUGGCAGGAAGAGGGUGCCAUUUGGUGGUUCAACUCAGGUGUCCAAAUGUCUUGCGCUGACGCUGGGUAAAGGCUAAUGGGAGAACAGGGAGGCAAGGGAGGAAGACACACUUCUGAUCAUUCCCCAGGGACUCUUGCUUCUUCUGCCCUUCCCUUCCCAUUCUGCCUUCUGCUUUAAGGCAGCUGCGGGCGAGGCCAGCGCUGGAGCUGAAGAUGUCCAGAAUCCUAGAAUUGUAGAACAGUAGAGAUGGGACCCCGAGAGUCGUCUAGUCCACCCCCCUUCAAUGCAGGAACCGAGGACAGGUCACAAGUUAGAACUGAAGGUCAUCUCAGGAGAGCUUGGGGCAUGGAUGGCUCUGGGUGAAACACUCAUAAUUUCUGCAACCCAUGGCAGGCUGCACCAGAGUAGCCUGCCAGCCCCAGGCCCUCUGCAGCUUGGUGCAAAGGGGAAUCAAACCCAGGGACCUGGCUCUGCCCUGGCUGGGUUAAUCUGGUUCUCUCUUAAGCUUCUCUUGUGUGAAAAAUCUAUCCAACAUGUAAUUCAAAUUUGCUGCAGUGAAGAAGCAGGUGGCUCCUCAGUCCUUGCUCACGUGAGCUGCCUGAAUUGGCAUAUAGCUACUAAGUGUCUCCCCUCUCCCGCCUUCAAAAUGCCUGCUUUUAGUCAACCCAAAAUAUCACAGAGGCAUUUGGCUUCUACGCAGGUGCUGCUGAUCUACAUAAACAGUUUUCACUGUAGGAAAGCAAACAGGGAGUGAUUCCAGACCCCACUUCUAGAAUAGAUGGUUGUAAAAUCCAACUCAGAAACCUCCGUUCAUCUUUUGGGACAGUAGCAUGUUUUGUAUUUUCAGUCUUCUGCAUAUUAUUCCACUUCUACAGCUUAUGCUCUAGUAACAUCAUCUCAACUCCCUUGCAGGUCACAAGCAGCAGGGUGAAAUUUUUAGAUGGCCCGGGAGGAGAAAUUGGAGGCCCCGUGGUGUUCUGAUCCUCCUGUGCUGUGAUUCCCCUUUUGAGGAUUGCAUACAAUGUUGGGCAGAUGAUAAAACACAGUUCUGUCCACUUUUGUAGCUAGCCCUGUCUGUGGUUUAUAAAAGGCUGGCAAGAGUGAGCAGGGCUACAGCUGUUUUGCUGUAGUGAUUUCCCUGUUUCUGAAAGGAAUCUUCUACAGCACAAUCCUGGGCAUCUCUACACGAAAGCCAGUCCCCUUAAGUUCAGUGGGGCUUCCUGCCAGCUAACUGUAUAGCAGACUUUGCCAACUGAGUGUCCUGCACUAGAAGUUUCAUCAGCCCCAGUGAGCGCUACCCUCACCCCAGGAGCUCCUCAUGUGGAGGUGGCUUGGAUCUGUUCCUCUCAGUCCCACAGCUGGGUGGUUCUAUCCAGGCACAGAGCCCCUGCGGAAUCUGUUUCCUGUGUUCUGCUCAUGGCUCCUCUUAGCCACACAUUGCAUAGAUGUGCAGUGGCAGAGCACAUCCUGUGCAUGGCAGAGGUCCCAGAUUCAACCUUUGGAGAGCAACUGCCAAUCAGUGUGGUCUUCCCUAGCUUGGUGCCCUCCAGAUGUUGGAGUAUAGCUGCUCUGGUGGGUGAAGUUAGGAGCAGAAGUCCAGAACACCAACCAGGUCGAAGAAGGCUGGUGUAUAGGAUUGCAGUCCUAAGUCUAUGUAAAGGCAGUGUAGUGCACUGGUUGGAGUGUUGGGCUUGAAGCUGGGAAAUCUGUGUUCAAAUCCCCAGGGCUGGGCCACCCAUGAGGCAAGGUGAGGCUACUGCCUCAGGCAGCAGGAUCCACCAGGGCAGCAGAUCUGAAUGUUGUUCUUCCUUCCCCCUGGUUCCUGAUAUAGAUCUUCCCUCAUCCCUUCUUCCCUGGCACCAUUUUGGGGUCUGCCUCAAAAUCCCUACAAAAGCCCUUCAAAUCCCUACUCUUUGGGUGACCGUGGGCCAGUUACCCUCUCUCAGGCUAUAAUCCAACUCCAUAGGCUUGCUGUGAGAAUAACCUUGUUCACUGUCCUGAGCUCUUUGAAGGAGCAGAAGGAUACAAAUGUGAACCAGGUUUCUACAGCUAACACAGUGACAGUGUAGUAAUUUUAAUGUGGUUAAAAAAACUGAUUUAUGGUCUAAUGUUUUACAAUUUUUUAUGUGCUGUAAGCAGCCCAGAGUGGCUGGGGAAGCCCAGCCAGAUGGGCGGGGUACAAAUAUCAUCAUCAUCAUCAAGGUAUACUUAGAAAAAUGCAGAAGCCAGUAUCCAAACCCCCCUGCACCAUUGCUUUUGUGCUCCCAAGAAAAGCCGAGUUUCUUGAGAAGUUUUGCCAUUUGCACAGUGGAUUGCUUCUGAAACAUACAGUGAAACAGGUAUGUGUCUCUGCUGUUCAAAAGGAGGGAGCAUCUCCAAGGGUGGAAUGAAGCCUUUGGGCAUGCCUGAAGUAGCUCUUUCAGUCUCGCUUUUGUAUCUUCGUCAUAUCUGCUAACAAAGGUUGAACACCAUUGGGUGGAAAGACAAAAGCAAAUCAACACAAACUAGGGAUGUCAUCAGGACAAGACAAUUUGUGCUUACGUGUAAACUAUGUGCAAACUUUAAAAACAACAAAUUGUCAGAACUCAGAACUUGAUCAGUUGCUGCCCUGGGGUCCUUUUGGAUAUACAUUAAAUGAUGAUGAUGAUAUAGUUAAAUUGUACCGUUAUUAACUGGACACAGGAACCUUGUAUACUAACACUGUUGUAAUACACACUGAGAUCGUAAACCACUUCUCUGGGCUUUACCCCUUUUGGACAGCAGGUGGGAGCUUUCAUGACUCUCUGUUGCCUUGCCUUAGUCUCAAAUUGCUCUCUUAUCCACAGGCUACAUCCAGAAGAUUAAAUCUGGGGAAGACUUUGAAUCCUUAGCAUCACAAUUCAGUGACUGCAGCUCAGCCAAGGCAGGAGGAGACCUGGGUGCUUUUGGAAGGGGUGAGUAGAGAAAGGGUUUCACAUGGUGCAUUGUGUGAACUGCCCUGAGAUACUACUAUAAAACUUAAUCAGUCAACAAAUGAUAAAUACCACUCCCCAAGCAGAGGGAGGUGUUAAAAGGAGGACUGCAAGCCUGCCCCUCUCUGAUGAGAGGUUUCUUUCUGCACACACCUUACAAGAAAUGGAGCUGGAUGCCUUGGAAUACAGUGAAUCAUGAAGUCAGUGAUGGUGCUUCAAAUCACUCACGUUGUACGCAAGCACUGGGUUAUUGGCUCUCCGGUUUGAAGAGGCACACACUGAUUGAAAAUAGCUCUGUGCUGAGCCUCAGCCGCCUUGGCUAAUAACAGUGCAGACCUUGCUGGACAGAUGGUGCAUUAGGAAGCAGGUUCCCCAGCACAAUUGAUGUGGCCUUGAUAAUAGCACUGUAGAGAGAAAGGCCUGCUUCCCCGCCCCCUGUAUGAAAUGUGAGGGCCCCUCUCCAUUCUCUUGUCCUCAGCCACCGUGGAGGAGGCAGCCUCAGUCCUGGGUGUCCUGAGAGUCCUGGCACGCUGACAGGGAGAGACUUUCCUCAGCACCAGCCGCAACUCUUUUAUAUCCUUCAGGGCUGCUGUUGUUGAGGGCCACAUGCCCAUGGCAGGGACUGCAUACAGGUGUUGUGCAGAGCUGAUGAUGAGCAGAGACAAAAGUGUUCUGGAUUAACUCAUCUGGAAUAAAGAUUGCCCUCUUUCAACUGUCAACUCAGAUUAGAAUUCCCAAUCCUAUGCUGGCCUACUUGGGUUUGAUGGGACUACUUUCAAAUAAGCAUACAGGGGGAUUUUAUAUUUUUCCUACAGCAGACGAAUACAUCCAUUGCCAUGGAAUACAAGUGAAAGUAAUUCCUAAGUGAGAGUAAUUCCGACCCUCGUGUGCUGCCCCCACACAAAAGCACAUGGCAGAAGUCUCUCAAGUUGUUCUUAAAAUUACUGGGGGACAAUGAUAUACUGCCCCUUCCAAUUGUUCUGAAGUUGUAAUGCUGGGGGCACAUUUUAAAAGCCACACCUUGACCCAUAGCUUCCCACUCCCUGUCUGUUUUUCCACUGCUGUGGUUGCCCUGCGCCAUGGCUGGCCUUGCCUUCUUAGGCUCUCCAGUCUGACUUACUAAGGGUUCCCCCUUACCUCUCUCUUUGGCUUGAGUGUCCUCAGAGUAGUUAGCUCUGCCUGCCUGCUGGAGGCCAACCUUGGAGACGGUGAGGCUGUUUACAUCCUCCUCUUGCCUGUGCUUGACUUGCUGUGACUAUAACAAAGAGAAAUGCGCAGAGAGGGCACGGUGGUGCUGUGUGCGCAUGCUGCUCCAAGUCUCUUAUCUGGACUGUGUUGUGGUCAUGCUGUGUUGCUGUGCUCUUGAAAGGAAUUUGGAGCAGUUUCGGAAGAGAAGGAUCCUGGUUAAGUGAACUGGGGUCUCUGGCCUCAAACAAGCCGCUCACAGAAGUUCUUUUGCUAUUAUUGUGGUGUUCCAGGGCAUUGUAGGCUGAGCACUUCAUCGUCUGCCCUCUUGCUCCCCAAAGGAUCAUAGGGAAUUGACUGGUCUUUCCCAUCUGUUACAACUUAAGGCCUUUCUCUACUUUGUUCCAUAUGAUUAAGCUUUCUGUCUACAGCAUCACACCAGCUGAGGCAUGGCUUCUUUCCUUCAGCAGGCUUCCGCUGUGUGUUUUGUAUUAAAGGAUACCUGCUCUUUAACGAUUUUGCCACGUGGAGGUUGUUCCUCCUCUGUAUCGUACCCCCCUGCUGUGUUAUACAUUUCAUUGAUCAUCUGCCUUUGGCCAGCAUCAUAGAGCUGGAAGGGAUACUAUGGGCUAUAUAACUUUGCCCCUAGGCAUGUGGCCUAAGGCUGCUGGGUCCUGCAUUUCUGCAGUUUCAUCCUGAAACUGAAGAAAUGAGAUAUCCUCCGUGGGCUGCUUCUGCUAUUUCCCCAAAUUCUUCAAGUUUGCCAAAAGAAGCUUGGGGGGAAACGAAGUAGUGCUCAGAGGUGACUGGGCAGCUUCUGUUGCUCAGAGGUAGAUCUUCAAUGCCUUGCACAGCUCUCCUGUCUUUCACUUUUAAUAUUACUUAUUUUCAGACCUGAGUAUGCCAUGGAUUGUAUCCCGUGGUGCUGACAAAAGGCACUUUAAUUCACUGGAGCAGGAAGACUGGCUGUUUUUUUAAUUCCCCUGACGCCACCCCCACCCCCUGGAGCCCUCCAAAGAGCCCCACAGGUCUCUUAACCAUCAAUGUGCCUCCAGUCCCCUUAGGCUUCACACUAAAAGGGGCUGUAGCUCAGGAAGAGGGUACGUUGUUUCUAUGGGGACGUCCCUCCCCCACCCCCACAACCUGCAGCAUCUUCCAUGAGAAAGGACCACAGGGAGCAGGCAAUGGGACGUACAGGGCCAGGUAGAGCAAGAGUUGCCCCUUCAGCACCUGCAUCUUCAUGUAUGCGCCAGGAGCAAGGGAAGCGGGUGCAUAGACGUUUGCUUCUUGUAAAUGGUACGUUCUGCUUCUGCUCAUGAUGGGGAAGAGGAGAGACCAAUCCUGAGUGCCGGAGCCCUCCAGUUUGCCAGUUCUGUUGCAGCCUGAGCUUCUGAAGUCAUGCUUGCAGGCUUAAAGGCCUGAAAUUGGCUUUAAAAAAUGGGUGUUGUGACUGGUGCCAUUUUCUGUUCUUGCAUUGGCACAGUUUCUGGAUAUUGGGUGGGGAAUGACAUUGGAUUACACUGGACAAGUGAGAGGGAUUUAGGAUUAAAGAGCAACACUAUUGAAAAGUGAUGUAGACAGUGGACCUCCUCUAUCUAUCUAUGGUGCUUUUGAGUUUGUAUCUUGAAACUGUCCUGCUACUUUUUAAACUUGAAAGAUAAGGCUCUGAGAGUCUCAGUGAGCAAGACGAGCCUGUCCAUAGGGUUGCUUGUCCUCAAGGGGCAACUGAACCACCAACACAAUAAAAUAGUAUGAAAUUUGUUUUGUGUGUCUGUGCAUUAUUCUGGGGAGUGAGUCCCCAGAUUUCGGCAGAUUCUCCAAGGGGUCCAGGACCCCCACUGAUUUCAGAACAGUGAGUCAGUAGACCUUGGCAUUCUCCCAGUGAUAGCUUUUCAGGAGCACAGCAGGGUGUAAAAGCGUCUCCACAGCAAGUGACCAAGUGACCUCAGAGCGGGAGGGUGGAUUUCUGUCGGGAGCCUGAUGGGAGACGGGUGGCAAGUUAUGAGGUCCCUCUGGCCCUGUGUGUUGCCAGUGUCAUUUGUGGAAGCACUCCAAGGCCAAGAGGCUGUUUCAGACUCUCUCAGCCCCAUUUUGGGAACUGUAACUUUGAUGAAGUGGGGGAAGCGUUCUCUGGCUUUUGACAAAGUUGAAAGAAAAAUGCCCAGCUCCAAGACUUUGGUGGCCAUGGAAAGGAGUCCAUCUUUGAAUAGGGGUGGGGUGGGGGGAGCCCCUGGCUUCACCCAGGAUACAUUUAUAUAGCCAAAGCUCUUGUGGGCAUCUCCCAAUGCCAUAAUCCCUAAUAGGGUUGAAAAAUGCCUUGGAAAAUCUGGAUGUAUGGCAGCCCACGUUGCUAAAAAACAGCAUUUUUUGUGAUUUUUGUCUAAAAAGCUCAACAACUUCUUUUCUGCCUUGCCUGUCUAGCAUUGGUUUGUGUUUGUUUAGCUGCUAGCCAAGGCACUGCUAACUUUAUCUAGCCAAAACUUAUUGUCAGGAAUCCGAAGUCUUGAUUUGCAUGGAGACACUGCUUUAUGUGCUCUUCAUCUUCAUUUCCAUGCAGGGCGCUGUUUUGACGACAAAUGGCAAGAAUUUCUUCCUCAGUCAAAUAUUUCCUGUUUUUUUAAAAAGAAAAAGAAAAAAGGAUGGUUACUAAUAUUGGCACAUUAUGGAUUGGGAAGUAAUGAAACAGCCAUUAAUCUUGGGCUGCUGGUGACGGGUUGUUUGGUCUCAUUUAGGAACUGUCAGCUCAGGCAUAAUCCUGGGUGACUUACAGAGGGAGAUGCUUUUAGAUAUGCAGCGAAGCUGCUGGAGUCCCUUUUGUCCACUGGGUGGCACUAAUGGCACAAGCAGCUGGUCUGCUCUUCCCAGGCAACACUGCCAGUCUCCUUCUCCUUAUUCAUUUUGGGGGGCUGCAAACCGUAAUUUAUGAGAGCUAUGAAUUCUGGUUACGUUUAGAGAUGGAACGGCUCAAGCAUUCCAAUUUAUCUUCUUCAAAAAAUAUUCCAGGUAAUUGACGUUUCCUCUUUUGGCUUUAUUGAAGCCCAGGCUGGGAGGCUAAACCUGUUUUUCCUCAUUCUGAAAUGAAGAUUUCUUGGCUUGAGAGUGAAAUUGGCUUUUAAAAAGAUCAAGUUGGGGAAGGGUUGGAAUGGGGCAGAGGAAUGUGCAUUCUUGGAGGCAAAAGGAAUCUCUCUCUCACACCCACACCCACACACCAGACUUGUUUGUCCAUGGAUAUGCAGCACCCUGGAAGCAUUCUAAGGAUCACCUCCUUGCCAGCCAACCAUGAUCCCCCAUGUCUUGCACUUGGGCUCCACCCUCCCCACCUGUUGGAGGAGCACCACUUCUUCCUGACAAUUCUGUUGCAUCCUCUGGCUAUGCUACUUCAUUUCUCAGUGCCACCAGCAGUCUGAGACCCCAGCCUGGCACCAUAGCUUUUCCAUAAGCCUUUUGCUGGUAAAACAUCUUCUAACUGCAUUAACCCAACUCUUGUGAUAUCCUAGGCCCCAUCUAUCCCCAACCCACCCCUGCAAAUGUUGGAUUUUUAUUGUGUGAAAUUUCAUCUUAGCUCUGUGGGUCCUCUUUCUAUUGUGUUGUUGAGGGCUUCCUGGGUGUGGUUGCUGCUUACAGUGAUCUUGGAGACCAGGGUUCAAAUCUCCGCUCACCUGGUAGCCUUGGGCCAGUCACUGGCUCUCAGCCUAACUCACCUCACAGGGCUGUUGUGGGUAUUAAAUGAGGAGGGGGAGAACCAUGAACCUUGAGCUCCUUGGAAGAAAAGGCAGUAUAAAAGUGCAAUAAAUAAUCCCUAUCUUUCUUCUGCCCACCUGCUCUAUAUUACUGUUUCGGGGGUUGGGAUCACCUUUUUGGAGGUGGCCCAUCCUGUGUACCCAUUUUUAAAUACCCAUGCACUAUGUACCUCUGAUUUUUAGAGUCUUGGAUAGAUUGCUGUCUCUCUCUCCCCACACCACCCCAGCCCUCUCAUGAAUGACACUUGUGGAAGACAAUGGGCCGAAGUUGUAAUGACUAAUCCUGGAAGAGGAAGUUUGGAGCUGCAGCUGGAAGAAAAGGCUGUGGAUUUAAAGCCUAAAGUAAAAUAUAUAAAUUGCACCCAGCCACCUCAGAGGCGCAAUGCAUGGCCCUGUGCAGAGCCUGCAAAGACAUUAGUAUAUCACCCAAAUGUCUUCCAUCUCAAAAAAAAAAAAAAAAAAAGGACAAACAAGAAAAAAGCCCUUCAAAGAUUCAUCUGUCAGAUGGUCAUUAAGCUUUCUGUGCCCAUCUCAUUCCUUCUGCAGUGGACUUACAAGGGUCGUAAACUUACAUGAGAUUUACUUGGCCUUUUCUGACCUGAUCCCUGUCACGUUGGGCAUCUCAAAACAGCAAGUGUUUGUGAAGGCUGUUGGUGCUGAGAUCAGGCAACAGAACACCCUCCUCCCUGCCCUCUCCUCCUUCUUGACUCUGGGCAUGCAAGUCUGCUGUGAGCGGUGCCCUUUUCUGUAGUUAAAAGCCUCAUUGUUUUGAGCUGGGAGCCGCAGACUUCUGGACCGCCUUAAAUUGGAUGCAGAAGAUGCUUGCUCUUCUGGUCUGCUGCAUCAGCUUGGGAGCUGGCUUUCUUACCCAAGCAUUUCUUGAGCUGUUGCUGUAAAAUGAACCCCGUGGCAUCUGGGUUGUUGCAGGGCAGUAUUUGCAGAAGUUGGGUCCAAAAAGCAGGCCUGGUGCCUGAUCUGGGGCUGUUCACAGAGAGGCCUACAAAAGAAAUUGGACAGGGAGGAGCAGUUGUCAAGGAAGGUGGAAGCACAGAGCAAGAGCCAUUUGAGGGAAUGGUUAGUCCUGCGACUAUCCUGGGACCAGUCUUGGCCCUCCUUCCUUUUUUCUGCUGUCAAAUGGGGACCAAUGGGGGUCUGGGCAAGCAGGAGAAUCUCAAGUAAGAUCAUUUCUCCCUGGAAUCCAUUGAGCAGCUGUCAUGGCUACGUCCAGGGCAUCCAGUUUCCAAGGGCACUUGAGCAGAGUGGCAUUCUGACUCAAAUGCUCCAUCUUUACAGCAGAGGGGCACCCUCUUCCAGGCUGCUGUUGCAACCUAGCAGUUUGAGUCAACCCUGUGCAAAGAGUCCUUUGUCUAGAGGGCUUGUUGCACAACGCAGGGGUGUGUGAGAGGGAGGAGGGGGGGAGGCAUGGCCUACAAGAGGUACAUCUGGCACCUUAAUUGUCCAGGUUUUGUCAUAUGUUGAUGACUCACCUCUUUACCCUUUCCUUCGAUGCUUGAGAGAAGUAUUUUUGAGUCCCACCCUGUUCUUGUGAUUGCAGUUUGUUUCCAACUGUUAGUAAUGUUUUAUAUGGUUGCGACCCUCCUGGGACAUUAUGGUGAAGGGCUGGUAAUAAAUCAAAUGGUUGAUUUUUAUAUAUAAAUGUUGCUGAAUGAGGUGGUAGGAUAAACUGUGGAAGGGGAGGGGGUAAAUCAGUUUUCAAGAUCCUCUCCUAUUAAAACAAAAACAAAAAACCACACCUCUGCAGCUAAUUGGCACAACAGGAAGAAGAUAAGAUUAGAAGCUUCUUACCUGAUGUACUAGUUUUCUACUUGUAGGAAGCCUUGUUCAUUGGCAAGUUUUUAUGCAGGGAGAGCAUUCAAACAUAGACGCCCCCACCUGCCAUCCCAUUUGGUGCACUCCAUCCUGACCCAUUAUCUCCCCCUCAUUUUGAUGGUCUUUGUGGACCAUCCUGACUGUGAGUAACAAGGAGAGAUUGGGUAGCAAACGAGGUGCAAAUAAAGGAGGACAGGAGCAACUCGGGACUAGUUUUAAAUGACUUGGAGUGCUUGAUUUAGAAGGUGUUUGCUCAUAUCUCUCAGAUAUUUGAGUCUUGGCUGAGGAUGCACAUAGCACUAUACUUCCCCCCCUUUUUUGCCGGUGAGCUCAUUUAAGGCUGGCCUGUUCAGUGUGUGUGCAUUUAUGGAUCACCCACCAUGUCAAUUUGGUACAACUCAAACGUUGGACCGUUUUUGCAGAGUGGAGUGUGUGUUUGUCUGCCUAGUAUCAGAGACAUGGCAAGCUGGAGACUUGCCAAGAGAGAGAACAUGCAUAUGUAUCCAAUAAUGAAGAAUUAAUUAUUUUAUGUUAGCCCUGAUGAAGAUCUUUUAGAUUGUCCCCAAACUUUCAGGCUCGUUCAUAAGAUCAGAGCAAAGGUCACAUCCAAAUCCUAGACUAGGGACCUGUGGUCACUGGCACACAUUGGCCACCCAAAUACUUGAGCUCAUGUAAUUGCUUGUCUGCUUUAUUUUCUUACCUUGUUCUGGUCUCUUGAGGAGCCAACAAUGACAAAAUUUGCUAUCCCUUAUAUGUGUUCUUGCGUCUUGUUUCAAGGUAACACUUGAUCUGAUGUCUUUUGUCCUCUUCCAGUGUUUAAUUGAAAUCUCUUUUCCAUCUGACAGGUCAAAUGCAGAAACCCUUUGAAGAUGCCUCGUUUGCGCUGAGGCCUGGCGAGAUGAGUGGACCAGUAUUCACAGAUUCAGGGAUCCAUAUCAUCCUGCGUACAGAGUGAAAGUGCCUUGGCGCGACACACUUGGAAAGGAAAGGGUGGUGGGGAAAAGGAACAAGAGAACCUUUAUUCCAACCCCUCUGUGCGCUCUCUAUCCCUGAACAAACUCCAUAUCUAGCUUUUCAUUUGUUUUUUUAUUUUAUAUAUGGAAAAACACACCCCUUGUUUCCAUAUCUCAGUGCCUCCUUUGGCACCUCAAUGCAAUGUCUUUCCCCACCUGUAGAGAUGCAUGGUUAGCCGAGGCAGAAAAUGCAUUUGAAACUAAGAGACAGCAGCAUCUUUCAUAGGCACAGUGAGGAGGAUGUUUUAAAGGAAAUAAAUAAAUAAACCCACAGCCACUUGAGUCUGAUAUUGACGAUUUCUCCUGUUCAGGAGACGCGCCUGUGCUGCAGGGUCAUACUUCAACGCUUUCUCUCCACAUCCAACUUGUAAUAGAGUUAUUUAUUACAGGGCUCCACUGAUGGUGGCAAAACUUAGCUCUUGGUGUUUUAGAUAGAAAGAAAAUAUAUUCCACUAGUGUCUGCCCUUGUUUAGGUUAAAACGUAAUGCCUCCUCCCCCACCCCACCCCUAUCCUCUUCUCUCGCUUGGAAUUCAGGGCAUUGAGUUUUACAGUUGACCAAUCAUUGCUAAAUUGCUCUUGGAUCCGUAAUGAAAGCCAUUAUUCUGCAGUAUGGCCUGGCAGAUUCCCUUUGAAUUGUGAAUUCAAAUAAUUUAUACAGUGCCCUAACUGAGCUAUGAUAAUCCAUGCAUGGAGCCCACCGGGCUUCUCCAUUUACUUCCAUAGAGGGGGAAUUUUCCAUGUGUGCAAAGGGAUGUGCAGGUGGCAUUGCCCCCUUCAUGGAAGUGCAUGGAAGAGAACUGCUUGGGGGGGGGGAAUUUGGAGCGGGUGUCUGAGCAUGCCCAGGGCUCUGGAUCCGGAGGCCCAGCUUUGAACCUGUCAUGUUGGCUUCCAGUAUGUUUUCAUGUUGACUUAAAACUUGAAGAUGCCUUUUAAGGACAAGCAAAGACUUUAGCCAUUGAUGCCCUUCCCAUUCAGCUCUUCCCCCUCCCCAAAUUUAUACCUGUGUAAAAUGAUAUUACAAUUAAUUGUAUGUUAACCAUUCCUGUGUGCAGUUCUUGCUGUUGAAAUGCCAUCCCAAAGGAAGACCGUUAGACAUAGACUUCCAGGUUUUCCCCCCCUUUUCCUUUUUUUCAAAGAGGCAGGUCAUGAUUCAUUUGUGGUUUAAGAAUACUGUAAAGUCACCCUUUCAGUUAUGCUACGUUGCUUUCUGUUUACUAAGAUCAGUAAGGUUCCUACCAAUUUCCUCACUUUUGGUCUGAUGCAAGCAAGCUUUGUGUGUGUAUAUAGCUGUAUAGAGAGAGUGUGUUCGAGUUCUCUUAUGCAAGAAGAAUAAAAAAAAACCCUCACCUGUUAAACAUCAUAGGUUUGACCUUGUCCCUUUCUUUCUUGACAUCUCCUUGUAUGUAUCUCAUUUUGUUGUUUCUCUUGCAAGGUUUGAUCAUAAGCUGGAAUUCUUCAGGUAUAAAUAAAUAAAGUUUUUAGUGCAGGCCCCUGCAGCUUCUGAACCACC